AGCAGACCUGAGGCGGCGGGUACAGCAGAGGCGCAGAGGGAGUGUGCUCCUGUUGCCGCUGCCGCUGUUGCCGCUGCUGCUUCUCUGCGCUGGGUGGAGGAGUGGGAGCGGCCUCACGUCUUGUUGUGUGUGAAUGAGUUUGAAGAAGAAAAAGAGAGAGAGAGAAAGAGAGAGACUGUGUGACAGCAGCUCAGCAGUCGAGACCACCGCGGACAAACCCGGAGAAAGUGUUUUCUUUGGGAACUUCUUCCCGCUUCCUUCAACCUGUAUGACUGCGCGAGGACAACAGCAACUCAGUUAUGGAGCCCGCCACUGAGACUGGACACGCCUCAAACCCCAAGCCGCCUCUGGCCCCUAAACCCCGGCUCACUCCCAAGCCCUUCUCCCUGCAGAAGAACACCACCUUUCACUCCAUCCACGCUCCAAAGACGAUAGGCACAUCUUCAAAGCCAACAACAAACCAGACUGGAAAAUCUGUAGCCACUGGUGUGCCCAAACCAACUCCAACAGCUCGUGUUCAACAAACCACCACUGCUGAUUCCAAACCCAGCUCUGUGAGAAAGCCUGUCAAAGAUAAACUAAAGACUACCCAGGAAAGUAAAGCAAGUCCACAUGAAGUAGUUGUAGGCUCUAGUGGUGGAGCUCCAGGAAAAUCUGACCCUCCCUUAAAAACCACUCCACCUGAAGAGACACCCAAAUCCGUGUCAAUCCAGAAAGACGAUGUCACCCAAACAAACCACAAAGCAGCCACGGAUGAUUUGAUUUCCAACUGUGAACAGAAAGAUGGAAAAAAGAAAGAAGAUGAAACUCAGAGUUCUGUCACCCAAAAGCCAGAAGAACCAGGAAGUGAUAAUGGCUCUUCUACAACUGGUCCAACAUAUCAGUGGGGUGGCACCAGGAAGAGUCUGUCCACAGAGCUCACCUCGAUGUUUGAGUCAGGUGGUCCGGCCCUGCCGGUGCAGCCCAUUACCACCGUAUCUACAAACAAUACCAACGGUGAUUCAACCAAGUCUGUGUCCCCUAAUCCAGAGCAGAGCCAGACAACAACAGAGCCGUCAAACAGAGAGAGUGAUGUCACUGGUUAUGAAGAUGAUUAUAUCGGAGGAGGGAGCAUAAAACGCAGAAUCAGUCUUCUGUUCGACUCCUCAUCGAGGCCAGAGGUCAUGGCAAAAAAAGAGGAGCCAGAGAUUGUAACUAGUGAAGGAGGUGUGAAGGAGCGAAUAAAACACUGGGCAAUGGAAACUAGUUCUGAGGGUCCAAAGACUGAGAGGAAGCCUCAGGUUGCACCGCGAUCUCGCUCCAAGAGCUUUGAGCCUGUGCUUGCUCCAGCAGCAGAGAAAACAUCCAAAACGCCACAAGUGAAACUCCCUGCUACCGAAACAUCAUCCACGCACACUGUGGAUCCUCAUCCAAAGUCCUCACCUGAGCCCCCCCCAGAAUCCCCAAUGAAAACAUCCAAAGACUCUUCUCCCGAAAUUAUGUCUCUGUCCAAGAAGGAUGAGCCGACCAAACCAACCAAGGAUGAGGCUCGACUACGCAGUCGCAGCCUUCCUGCAACUCAGGCCGCUACAAAUGAGGGAGACUCAAGUAAAAGUGGCCAGCGCAGUCUAAGGAGAGACAAUGUCAAGCGCCGCUCGGUUCGUUUUGGUAUCGUGGAGAGAGAUGAUGGUGGGCCUCCACUGAUCCUGGGCUCAGCAUCUGAAUCUAGUUCAGAAGAAGAAGAAGAAGCUCCUGAUGAUAAAUCCGAGGAGGACACCCCUGUUUCUUUUCCCGUCUAUAGGCGAGCGGGAGAUCGUCAGAACAAGGAUGACGAGACCCAAAAGCUAGAAGAGGAACGACUGAAACAUCUGGAAUUUGAGCAAAGACGGAGAGCAGAGGAGCAAGAACAGGCAAGACUCAAGUUGGAGGAGGAGGAAGAGGUGCGAAAACGAGAGGAGGAAGAAAGAGAGAAGGAACAUCUUAGGCUUAGGGAAGAGGAAAAACAUAGAGAGGAGGAAAGGGAAAGAGAGAGGUUGGCAGAGGAGGAAAUGGAGAGACUCCGGAAAGAGGAAUGGGAGAGGGAAAGGUUGAAACUGGAGGAAAGUGAAAUGAGAAGACAAAGAGAGGAAGAGAUGGAGAGGGAAAGACAGUUGGAGCUGAUGUUGCAAAGACAGAGAGAAGAGGAACAAAAGAGGACAAGGCAGAGAGAGGAAAAACUCAAACAAGAGCAGAUUGAGAGAGAAAAAGAGAGACUGGAGGAGGAGAGGAGGAGAGAGGAGAGACUGAUGGUGGAAAGAGAAAGACAGAGGCUAAGAGAGGAAGAAGAGAGAUCUAUGAAUGAACACAAGGAACACAUAGAAAGGAGACUACGAGAGGAAGAAAUUAAUUCAGAAAAACUUAGAGAGGAUCAGGGUGGAAGAGAUUGGGUGAAACAGACGGAGAGUUUGAGAGCAGAAGAGGAAGAGAGGGAUAGAGAAAGGGAGUUUGAGAGAGUCAGGCAGAAAGAGGAAAGACUCAAAGAGGAGAUGGAGAAAGAAAGAUUAAGAGAGGAGGCUGAGGAACAGCAGAGGAGGAAGAAGGUUGAAGAGAUGAUGCGAGAAAGACUGAGACAGGAAGAGGAGCAAGAAAAAAAAAGAAGGGCGUAUGAGAGGGAAAUGCAGCAGGAAGAAGAGGAAGAGAGGGAGAGAUUGAGGCAAAUAGAAAAACAGAAAGAGGAGGAAAGGGUGAGACAUACGGAGAGAGAAAGGUUGUUGGAAGUGGAGAGAAAAAUGCAAGCGGAGCUGGAAAUACAGCGAGUAAAAGAACUGGAAGAAAAGCUAAGGAGGGAUCAAGAAAAAGAAAAGGAAAUUCUCGGGUUAAGCGACAGGGGACAAAAGAGUAAAUCAGAUGAGAGUAGUUUAAUCAGCUUUGACUCUGAAGACAUGCCUCAGACGUCCGAAACUCCACAUUCACCCUUUCCAAAGCUCAGCAAACCCACAGAGAAUCCAAACGAAGUCGUUUAUGAUGACUUCUCAGUCAAAAAGUCUCUGAUUGAGGUGGAUUUUGAUGACUUUUCAGUCAAACCAAAGAAAUGGGGCUCACAGGCUAAAGCUGAGACGCCUCCAGUCAUUGACAGCUGGGCGACCAGUCCUUGGGACGGAGGGAAGGUGGAUAUGCUGGUACCUCUGGAUGUAUCCCCUCAAGAAAACAGGGCACCACGGUAUGUGGCAGAACCAGAUGAUCCAGAGCCUACACGAGCUGUGGAGAGCCCCGAGGAAAGGCAAGAGGAUGAAGACGAGGAGGAGGAGAAGGAGGAUGUAGAGGAGGAGGAGGAGAAGCCAGAGGAGAAGACUGAGGAGCGUCAGCUUAUCUCUUUGGAGUACGAGGAGGCAGAGAACAAGGAAGACAUAGAGAUGGAGGAAGAGAUGGAUGAAGAAGAAGAAGAUGAUGACAACGACAAGCAGGAGACACGGGUUGACUAUCAUCAUUCAAACGGAGAAGACAGAGACGUGGACGCGUUGGUGGACAGUGAGCCAGAAGAGCAGACACCUGAACCUGACAGCCCACCUCUCAUCUAUGACCAAGUUCCCGAAGUCUCCCCUCGAGAUGUGUAUACAACUAAUUUCCACAGAGAGCCAGAGCUCGCUCCAUUCCCUGAGAGCUCCACUCCACUCCUCGACACCAGCGCGCAGAAAUCCAAGGCGACCUUGAGUAAGAGGCGGAGUCGAUCGCGUCCGUCUCGCUCACUCCGUGCAGGGUUUGCUCAGAGGGAAAUCUUGGACUGGAGGUCACGUGACUCCACAGAUGAAAAUGAAUCAUCUUCCAAGCAAAGAGAGUCCGAUUCUGAGGAGGAGCAGCCCAAAUCUAAGAUCAUCUAUCCUCCUUCUUCCUCCUCUCAAAGAGUCCCCAUAUUCCCUGGUCUGAGUCCAACAGCCCUGAUUGCUCAGCUAAAAAAGAGAACAGCCGGAGGAGGAGAGGAAACAGAAGACAAAGGAAGUCGCCUGGAGGAGACAGCACCAUCGCCCUCACUACUCUCCCGCUCGCCUCGCUCUGCCGCUCACCUUGCGGGGGCUGCACGGGUGCUGCCGCCCCUCGGUGGCACAGACGGAGGUGCCAGCUCUUCUCCUGCAUGGCUGAAAGAACUGAAGUCUAAAAAGCGCCUGGGUCAGCACGACAGUGAGCUUUAAGCACAGAAACAGGAGACACUGUGUCAUUUCCUUUCAGCAAGACGCCGUCCAUCUCAGCCGCUGCUGCUGCUGCUGCUGCUGCUGAUUGACAGCUGCUCUGCACUUUGAGUGCCUUAUUCUGGACAUUUACUGGUCAAUUCAGAGGGACAGACCGCUGAAUGUCACGGAAAACUUUACAUCUUGUAAAUGAAAGUAAUGGUGCCAAGUCUAUAAUGUGGUAAUACCAAGUCCAUGUUUUAUUGACUGUUGUACAGAGGUUCAGUGGAUGGAGGGGGGGUGCGCACCUCAAUAUAAUUUAGAGCAAAAAGCCAUAGACUGUGUUUUGUGGUGACAGGUUCUGAUUACACUAGUUCCUCCUGCAGCGUAAUGUACCAUCACACACAUCGACACUAGAUAGUGAAGAUUAAUAAUGGCUUGCACCUUGUGUGUGUUUAAUGGUAAAAUGUGUGAAACGUCUUUACAUUACUUUAUCAAUCACACGUGUAAACCUCCUUGCAAGCACUUUAAGGAACAGAACACGUUCAUGACAGGGUGAAGGGAUUUUCUUUGCUUUUUUUUGUAACAAUGUGAAUGCCUGACAUCUCUCUUUAAAGCUAGUUUCCACAAAGUGUAAAGAGACUUUUAUAUAUAUAGGAUAUACAUAUAUACAGUAUAUAUAUAUAUAUAUAUAUAUACAUAUAUGUGUGUGAAUGUUGGACAGAAUGUGUGGGAAGUAUAGGCUGUCACAGAUCAGGAAAGAGUGUUUUUUAAAAAAAAAAAAAAUUCUUUAUACUUUUGUGAGUGUGUUUUUAAUUCGGACGAUGGACUGUCGUCACUGCUGUAAUCAUUUAUGACCAACAUACUGUAUGAUAAGAGGAAAUUGAGGGAACUUUAUUAAAAGAAUUUCUAUGAAAUGCAA